AUGAGCUUCAUCCAACGGAUUUCCAAGCGGCUGCCCGCCGCGCCGAGUUUGCCACUCGAGGAUGUCCCGCGCGAAAAAGGUCACGCCAUCCCCAGAUUCGCCUUCUUUCGGCGGAGAAUACGGUUGAAGGGCAACUCGUCUAUCUCGAUACCCCUGGGAUUUGUCUUACUAUUUCCAUGUCUUGUAAUUGUUUUGAUUCUACUUCUUUUCGUCCGACAUCCUUCGUCUCCCGGGGGUAUCCUAAUUCCAGCGGGCACUCCGCCCUCCAUUCGAAAAAUCAGCGAACAGCACGAUAAAGUCUUCGCCACUGGCUGUCUCCCAAUCGACCCGGACGGGCCGAAAGGCCCUCGCGCAAAUGCCGCCUUUGUUGUACUUGCAAGGAACAAGGAACUGGACGGCGUCAUUCAGUCGCUCAAGUCGAUCGAGAGACAUUUUAAUCGGUGGUGGCACUAUCCUUAUGUCUUCCUGAACGAUGGCGACUUUGACGAUGCGUUCAUGGAUACCGUGAAGAAUUACACGUCCGCCCCUGUGGAGUUUGGCAAGAUUGACAGCUCCAUGUGGGGGUUCCCUGACUGGGUCGACCAUGAAGUUGCCAAGGAGGGCAUUCGGAAGCAGGGUGACGCUGCCAUCAUGUACGGUGGAAUGGAGAGUUAUCACCACAUGUGCAGAUUCUACUCAGGAUUCUUCUACAAGCACCCUCUUCUGCUGAAGUACGAGUGGUACUGGCGUCUGGAGCCCGAGAUCAAGUACUUCUGUGAUAUCACUUAUGAUCCCUUCAUUAAGAUGAUCGAGGCGAACAAAACCUAUGGCUUCACCAUUGCCGUCAAGGAGCUCCGGGAGACUGUUCCCAACAUCUUCCGGUACGCGUCAGCCUACAAGCGCAAGAACAAUCUCCCGUCCAAGGGCCUAUGGGAGAUGUUUAUUGAACGUCCAGAGGGAGGCCCGCCCCCUCCAGACGAGAAGAGGCAGGAGACACUCCCCGAGGAGAUCUUGCAGACCGAUCCUGCCAACAACAACAUGGAAGAUAUCGACCCGGAGGCAAUGGAGGGCGAAUCUUACAACAUGUGCCAUUUCUGGAGUAACUUCGAGAUUGCGCGCCUGGAUUGGUUCCGCAGUAAGGAGUAUGAGGAUUUCUUCAACAUGAUGGACCGGAGCGGUGGCUUCUGGAUGGAACGGUGGGGUGACGCACCUAUCCAUUCGCUCGCAGCCGGUGCUCUACUCUCGCCCAGCGAUAUCCACUACUUCCGUGACUUCGGCUACAGGCACACCACGAUCCAGCAUUGCCCUGCCAAUGCCCCAGCUCGGCAAUUGACCCGCAUUCCCUACCUCGAGAAAACCACUGAGGAUGAGAAGAAACGAAUUGAGGAAGACGAAUACUGGGCCACCCCCGAUCCGGUUAAGGAGAACGGUGUCGGGUGUCGGUGCAGAUGCGAUACCGACAUUGUGGAUGUCGAGGGCAAACAAGGCAGUUGCCUCCCGGACUGGGUCGAGGUCGCUGGCGGCUGGUCCUCACCAUAG